AUGAGCUACUAUGGCAGCUACUAUGGAGGCCUAGGCUACAGCCUUGGAGGCUUUGGUGGCCUGGGCUAUGGCUAUCGCUGUGGCUGUGGCAGCUUCCGCAGACUGGGCUAUGGCUGUGGCUAUGGAGUGCUGGGAGCCAUUAGCCAACCAGACUGCGGCAAUGGAGGCUAUGGAUUUGGCUCUGGCUUUGGAGGCUAUGGGUAUGGAUUGGGCCGCCCAUCAUACUAUGGAGGAUGUGGAUUCUCUCACUUCUACUAG